AACUAUCCAUUCUCUACCAUCAUCCUCAAAUUCUAGGGUUUCUCUUCUUCCUUCCUUCCUCUCUCUCUCUAUUCCUUCAACCCCAAACCAAAUCAAACACGAAAACUGCCUAUAUCAACACAUAUGCAACCUCCAAAUCUAUUCCAAAUUCAUCGAGGAUUCAUAUAAUAGCCCGUUUUUUCUAUUCAAAAAACAGCUAUUAUAUUUUGUUGUUUUGUGGUUUCUUGAAUUGAUAAUGAUAAUCUCUGUAUUCCUUCGUUUCACUUCAUCUUGUGUGUUCAAUAAGCUUACAAAUCUUCGUGUUUUUGGUCCUGGAUUGAACCCUUUUGGUCCUUACAACUUGGCUAAUCAUUCCUCUCGCUAAAGCCCUAAAUUUUUUUCUUGAUUGUUUUCCCCUUGAUCAUGUAAAAUUGAAGGUUGUUCAAGAAGAUUAUCAGUUGUUUUGGGUCUUGUCUAUUGAAGACUUUUCUGGGUUUUUAUCGUAGUCGGAAGACAGAUCAAUCUUGUUGUUGGUCAAAAAAGUUGGUUUUUUCUUGUGGUUUAGGUCUAAUUAUGUAAAGGGUCUUGUUUUGUGACUGAUAUACAAGUAGUGUCUCUGGACUUGAUGUUGGUUAGUUUUUUCGAAAUUUCUCUUAGGAGGAUUGGUGAAAGAAGAUUCAACAAGAAAGAAUAGAAUUGGAUUGGGUAUUUGUUUCAGUUUGUUGCGAUAAGGAUUGGAUUUUGGAGUUUGGUUUGAUAAGAAAGUGGAAAAAAGAAAAAUGGAGGAGGAUCAGAUUGGUUCAACUCGGCGGUCAAGGAGAAUGCGUAUGACUGCAGGUGAUAUGGAUGAUCGUGGUUGGACUCCACUUCACAUUGUUGCUCGGAAAGGUGACCUGAAACAGGUCAGAAGGCUUCUUAAUGAAGGCAUGGAUGCAAAUAUGAUGGCAGGGGGCCCUAAAUCAUUUGGCAUGACCCCACUCCAUCUUGCUGCUAAGGGAGGUCACUUGAGAGUUAUGGAUGAAUUGCUUGAGAGAGGUGCUGAUAUUGAUGCUCGAGCCAAGGGUGCCUGUGCAUGGACUCCUCUCCAUCAUGCUGCUAAAGAGAGAAAGAAAAAAGCAAUCAAAUUCUUGAUUAGAAAUGGUGCAUUUCUGCCAGAUGACAUCUCUGACACCAGGUUCAAUCCACCACUCCAUUAUUGUCCUGGUCUUGAAUGGGCUUAUGAGGAGAUGAAGCUGCUUCAGCUAGAGAGUUCAUCAUUUGGCGAGGCCUCCUACAGCUCAGAAAACUGAGGUGGAAUUGAAUGUUCCAAGUGCUGGUGUGUAGAGUUCAGGACGGACUCCUCUCAAUGUAGUCUACUAGAUAUUAAGUAUUGUGCUCGAUCAACUCUAGUGUGGCAUUUGGAUUGUGAGCUUUGGAUUUUAUGUUUUAUAUCUUUGUGGUUUGCGUGUUUGGUGUUUUACCAAGUAGUUGUACUGUGACUCGUGUCACUAAACAAUCUCUCUGCGGUCACCAUCUUUUGUACUGUGUGACAUGUCGUCCAGAAAACAUUUCAUAUGUUUAACUAUAUAUGAUUGUGGGUCUUGUGAAUAAUAAAUAAUUUUGCCUUGGA